GGUUUUACCUAACUAACGUGUUAUAGCUAGCAAUCCAGAAUCUAGGACACUAGUUUUAUUUGCUUUGGUGUAAUAGGCCUAUUCAUGGAUUUGAUGUCUGGGGAGGUUGUGUAUUUCUCUGUACAGCUCCUCUAGUUAAGAUGUGGGGGAGUAUGAUGAGCUGAUUGAUGAGCGUUGAUCAUGAAGCCCAGAGUAAGUGCUGCCUGGUCCAUCACAGAGUAUGACCCUACCUUAAGUUUUAGAGGAAGAGAAUGAGGAAAUGAGAUAGACUGCACCCCCAGCAUCCCCCAGUCCUGAAGCAACAUGUCAGGACUCCAGCUAGUCACCCCCGCCUCCAAUCCCAUGGGGCCUUUCUUUGGUCUCCCGUGGCAACAGGAGGCCAUCCACGACAACAUCUACACGCCAAGGAAAUAUCAGGUUGAACUUCUUGAAGCAGCUCUUGAACACAAUACUAUCGUCUGUUUAAAUACUGGCUCAGGGAAGACCUUUAUUGCAGUAAUCUUAACUAAAGAGCUUUCCCACCAAAUCCGGGGAGACUUUGCCGAACAUGGGAAGAGGACAGUUUUCCUGGUGAAUACAGCAUCGUCUGUGAUUCAGCAAGCAGCUAUUGUUAGGACCCACUCUGAUCUCCAGGUUGGAGAAUACACCAGCGCGGAGAAGAUCUCCUCAUGGUCCGGGGAAAAGUGGAGCCAAGAAAUGAUCGAAAAUCAGGUGCUCGUUAUGACUUGUCAUAUCUUCCUGCAUGUGCUGAAGAAUGGAGUGUUGCCACUAUCGAAACUCAACCUGGUGGUGUUUGAUGAGUGUCACCUGGCAAUCACAGACCAUCCCUACCGGGAGAUAAUGAAGCUAUGUGAGGGCUCCCUGUGCAGCCCUCGCAUCCUGGGCCUCACAGCAUCCAUCUUGAAUGGUAAAUGUGACCCAUCUGAACUGGAGCAGAAGAUCCAGAACCUGGAGCGGAUCUUAAGGAGCAAUGCAGAGACCGCUACUGACCUUGUAGUCCUCGACAGAUAUGCUUCCCAGCCCAGAGAAGUGGUGCUGGACUGUGGACCGUACCUGGACAAGAGUGGCCUCUCUGAGUGUCUGCUGAGCGAGCUGGAUGAGGCUCUCCACUUCCUCAAUGACUGCAACCUAUCUGUGCCUCGAGAGGACAGAGACCCCACCUUCAUAACCAAACAGGUGCUGAGGGACUGUCGGGCAGUGCUUUUGGUGCUGGGGCCAUGGUGUGCUGACAAGGGGGCUGGUAUCAUGGUGAGGGAGCUACAGAAGUACAUCAAACACGAACAGGAAGAGAUCAACAGGAAGUUCCUGCUCUUCACUGACACCAUCCUGAGGAAGGUCCACGCUCUGUGCGAAGAGCACUUCUCCCCCACUUCUUUGGACCUAAAGUUCGUGACCCCCAAGGUCAUCCGUCUCUUAGAGAUCCUCCAUGAGUACCAGCCCUUCGAGAGGCAGCAGUUUGAGAGCGUGGAGUGGUACAACAACCGCAACGAGGACAACUACGUAUCGUGGAGUGACUCAGAGGACGAAGAUGAGGAUGAGGAGGUGAAGGAGAAGCCUGAGGCUAUCUUCCCCUCUCCAUUCACCAACAUUCUGUGUGGGAUCAUCUUCGUGGAUAGGCGCUACACUGCCGUCGUCCUCAACCGGCUGAUAAAAGAGGCCGGGAAGCAGGACACAGAGCUGGCCUACAUCAGCAGUAACUUCAUCACCGGCCACAGCAUCGGCAAGAACCAGCCACGCAACAAACAGAUGGAGGUGGAAUUCAGGAAGCAGGAAGAGGUUCUGCGUAAGUUCCGAGCCCACGAGACCAACCUGCUCAUAGCGACCAGCAUCGUGGAGGAAGGAGUGGAUAUUCCCAAAUGUAACCUGGUGGUGCGGUUCGACCUGCCCACUGAGUACAGGUCCUACGUUCAGUCUAAAGGCCGAGCCAGAGCUCCUGUAUCCAACUACAUCAUGCUGGCUGACAGUGAGAGGACCAAGACCUUCGAGGAUGACCUAAAGACCUACAAGGCCAUAGAGAAGAUUCUGAGGAAUAAGUGUUCCAAGGCAGCUGGGGUCGGUGAGUUUGAGGUGGAACAGGAGCUGGAUGAUGACAACAUCCUGCCUCCCUACGUGCUCCGCUCUGAGGACGCAGGGCCCCGCGUCACCAUCAACACGGCCAUCGGACACAUCAACAGAUACUGUGCCCGUCUGCCCAGUGACCCGUUUACCCACCUGGCACUCAAGUGUAAGACCAAGGAGCUUCAGGAUUUGCGCUACCAGUCAACCCUCUACCUGCCCAUCAACUCCCCUCUACGGGUGCCCGUCGCUGGGCCGACAAUGAACUGUGCAAGACUGGCAGAGAAAGCAGUAGCACUGCUUUGUUGUGAAAAGCUUCAUAAAAAAGGUGAGUUAGAUGACCACUUGAUGCCUGUGGGGAAGGAGACAGUGAAGUAUGAGGAGGAGCUGGAUCUCCAUGAUGAGGAGGAGACCAGUGUUCCAGGCAGGCCAGGAUCCACCAAGAGGAGGCAGUGCUACCCUAAAGCUAUACCGGAGUGUCUUCGGGACAGUUACCCUGUACCGCAGCAGUCUUCCUACCUGUAUGUGGUCGGCAUGGUCCUCACCACCCCUCUGCCUGAUGAGCUCAACUUCCGCCGCAGGAAGCUCUACCCUCCAGAAGACACUACCAGGUGCUUCGGCAUCCUGACCGCCAAACCUAUACCUCGGAUUCCCCAUUUUCCUGUUUACACACGGUCUGGUGAGGUGACCAUCUCCAUCGAGCUCCAGAAGGCAGGGUUCACCCUGAGUGCUAUCCAGCUGGACCUGAUCACCAGAUUACACCAGUACAUCUUCUCUCACAUCCUCCGCCUGGAGAAACCUGCUUUGGAGUUCAAACCCACGCAGGCCGACUCAGCCUACUGCGUUCUACCUCUCAAUGUUGUUGAGGAUUCCAUCACUCUAGAUUUGGACUUUAAAUUCAUGGAGGACAUAGAGAAGUCUGAGGCUCGUACUGGCAUUCCUACCACCCUGUACACCAAGCAGAACCCCUUCACCUUCAAACUGGAAGACUACCAAGACGCUGUCAUCAUUCCACGGUAUCGUAACUUUGACCAGCCUCACCGUUUCUAUGUGGCUGACGUUUACACAGACCUCACACCACUUAGCAAGUUCCCGUCGCCGGAGUAUGAGACUUUUGCUGAGUACUACAAAACCAAGUACAACCUGGACCUAUCCAAUGUAAACCAGCCACUAUUGGAUGUCGACCACACCUCCUCACGACUGAACCUCUUAACCCCUCGCCACCUAAACCAGAAGGGGAAAGCACUGCCUCUCAGCAGUACAGAGAAGAGGAAGGCCAAGUGGGAGAGUCUACAGAACAAACAGAUCCUGGUCCCAGAGCUGUGUGUCAUCCACCCCAUCCCAGCCUCUCUGUGGCGGAAGGCUGUGUGUCUCCCCAGCAUACUGUACCGCCUCCACUGCCUCCUCACAGCUGAGGAGCUGAGGGCCCAGACAGCCAGCGACGCUGGAGUUGGAGCCCAGACCCUGCCCCCUGACUUCAGGUAUCCAAACCUGGACUUUGGAUGGAAGAAAUCCAUCGACAGCAAGUCUUUCAUCUGUCCGCGUGAUGAGGAAGAGUAUGAAUAUGAUGAUGAGGAGGAGGAAGAGGAUAGCGCUGAUGAGAACUGUAAACAUCACAACCAGACUGCAGCCCCUGACCCUGCUGUUGCUCAGCAACCCUGUAGUGACUGUCAUGUCUCCUCCCAGCCUGAGAGGGGUGAUGUCAGCAAACACCCAGAAGCUGACAGGCCAGAGGAGGAGGAGCCCCAGCAGCCAGACUCUGCCUCCUGCACCAAUACCCUCACUAACGGCACUGCUGCCGUCGCCAAAGACAACAGUGAGAACGGCGACCACACACACCUUCAUGACGGACGUGAUAGCUGCCAGUUCCUUCCGGCUGGCCCUGGUUCGCCACUGGAGAGCGAAUAAGUAUCAACAACAAUGACAACACAAUCCACUACCUCAGUUCUUCCUGUGCAGCUCUCUCCAAGCACAGAGAACCAGAAUCUAACCCCAACACGGCCCUGGACCCAGUCUCAGCUUCAGCACCCUCAGCCCCGGACCCAGCCUCAGCCCCGGACCCAACCUCAGCCCUGGACCCAGCCUCGACCCCCACAGCCUAGCGAUGAAUGUAAACCAGGGUGGACCACAGGGCUCCGUAAGGGCGAUGGACACCACGUGAAUCAAGCUACCUCAGACUCCUGCAGCCCAGCAACAGUGACGUGGCCCAAAGGCACCGCUCCCAUCACAACCACAGCACUUUUAUCUGACUACUCAAAGACCCAGGAGACCAGUUCCACAGGGGGGGGGACACCUGGCCCCUGCCCCAAGAUCCUGGGGCCCAACCCGGGGCUUAUCCUUCAGGCCCUGACCCUAUCCAACGCCAGCGAUGGCUUCAACCUGGAGCGUCUGGAGAUGCUGGGAGACUCGUUCCUGAAGCACGCCAUCACCACCUACCUAUUCUGUACUUACCCCGACGCACACGAGGGACGACUCUCCUACAUGAGGAGCAAGAAGGUGAGCAACUGUAACUUGUAUCGUCUGGGGAAGAAGAAAGGUCUUCCAAGCAGGAUGGUAGUGUCCAUAUUUGAUCCGCCGGUCAACUGGCUGCCCCCUGGCUACGUGGUCAACGUGGACGAGAGCAGCGAAGACAUAUGGGAUGAGGAUGAGACCAAAGAGGACCCCAUGGACAACGGUAGUGCUGGAAAGGAGUUCUGUGAGGAUGAGGUGGAGCUCGAGGAGGAGUUGCUGGAGGAGGAUGAAGAUCUGAUGUGGAAGGAGUCUAAAGAAGAAGUCAACAUCGAGGACGACCUGGAGUACUACCAGGAGCACAUUAAGUUCAUCGACAACAUGCUCAUGGGCUCCGGUGCCUUCGGCAAGAAGAUCUCCCUCAGGACCUUCCCCGCUGCCCUCGCCACCCCGGACCCUGGCCCCAGCCCCUCCGUCCACUCCUCCUCCCCUGCAGCCGAGCCCAGCUUCGGGGUGUGGAAACCCCCCAAGAAACCUGGCCCGGUCCCCACCCCCCACUACCUCUCGGAGCCUGGCGGUGGUGGCUCAGUAGAUGAGUUUGACUACAGCUCGUGGGACGCCAUGUGUUACUUGGACCCCAGCAAGGCGGGGGAGGAGGAUGAUUUCGUGGUGGGUUUCUGGAACCCGUCUGAGGAGAACUGUGGGGUGGAGCUGGCAAAACAGUCCAUCUCCUACGACCUGCACACGGAGCAGUGCAUCGCUGACAAGAGCAUCGCUGACUGUAUAGAGGCACUGCUGGGCUGCUACCUCACCAGCUGUGGGGAGAGGGCUGCUCAGAUGUUCCUCUGCUCACUGGGACUCAAGGUGUUACCGGUGGAGAGUCGGACUCUGAGGGAGGAGGGCGGAGUCACAGAGGUAGCGAACGUUGACCUCCAAUAUGGCUGGCUGAAGAUCCCGCCCCGCUGCAUGUUCGACCACCCGGACGCAGAGCGCACCCUCAACCACCUCAUCUCCGGCUUUGAGAACUUUGAGAGGAAAAUCAGCUACACCUUCCAGAACAAGGACUACUUGCUGCAGGCGUUCACACACGCCUCCUACCAUUAUAAUACCAUUACAGAUUGUUACCAGCGGCUGGAGUUUCUUGGCGAUGCAAUUUUAGACUACCUCAUAACGAAGCACCUUUAUGAAGACCCUCGCCAACACUCUCCCGGCGUGCUCACAGACCUGCGCUCGGCACUCGUCAACAACACUAUCUUCGCCUCCCUGGCCGUCCAGUACGACUAUCACAAGUACUUCAAGGCUGUGUCGCCCGAGCUGUUCCACGUCAUCGACGACUUUGUGCAAUUCCAGCUGGAGAAGAAGGAGAUGCAAGGCAUGGACUCUGAGCUGCGGCGGUCAGAGGAAGACGAGGCGAAAGAGGAGGACAUUGAGGUCCCCAAGGCAAUGGGAGACAUCUUUGAGUCGCUAGCCGGAGCAAUUUACAUGGAUAGCAGGAUGUCACUGGAGACUGUGUGGCAAGUGUAUUAUCCAAUGAUGAGGCCACUUAUAGAGAAAUUCUCAGCUAAUGUCCCUCGCUCUCCGGUGCGGGAGCUGUUGGAGAUGGAGCCAGAGACGGCCAAGUUCAGCCCUGCAGAGAGGACGUACGACGGGAAGGUCCGUGUGACGGUGGAGGUCGUAGGCAAGGGCAAGUUUAAAGGCGUGGGCCGCAGCUACCGGAUCGCCAAGUCUGCCGCUGCGCGCCGGGCUCUGCGCAGCCUCAAAGCCAACCAACCUCAGGUCCCGAACAACUGAGCGUCACACGUUAACUAGCUAGCUACUGACGCUAGCAACUGACACUAGCUACCUACAACUGUUACUAGCCGGUAGCCACUGAUGCUAGCUACUGACGCUAACCAGUAGUUACCGGUGCUAGCGAUUGAUGCUAGUUACCAAUACAGCGCAACAUUAGCCCUGUAUCUCCAGCGCACAACAGUGCAGCCAGGGAACGUUCUGUAGAGACCUGGGGAAGUACCAACACAACAAGAGAGCUGAUCUGGUCGUAACGGAUUUUACGUUGGAUUUUUUUUUUGCGCAAACACAAUCUUUACUUUCCUUCUCUGCUUUGUGUAAUCACGAGUGCUUUAUUAACAUAUAGCAAAGUGUUAAAAAGAAAAAAGGGUCAGGUGUCGCUUUGUUUGCUUUGUGUCAGUGAGAUAUGAGGCUUAUGCUUAUUAUGAGUAAUUUUAGAUUGUACAUAGAUGGUUCAAAUCAAACGUGUAAAUCAAAAAAACGCUAAACUCCUCAGUCUGUGCACUAGUGCCAGUUUUAAAGUGUUUUUAAAAAAACGCAAUGGCUAAGAACAUGGCAAGCAGAGGCCAGACCACCGACGAAAUAGACCAUUGGGGCCCACCUCUGUCUGAACUCUCUUGAGAUGGUAUUCUUAGGAUGUGUCUCAAAUGGCACCCUUUCCCCUAUAUACAACCCUAUGGGUGUUGGUCAAAAGUAGUGCACUAUAUAGGGAAUAGGAUGCCAUUAGGAAUUCAGCGUCAGUCAUUAUUGCACUUAUUCCAUUACGGUCUGUUGUGUUGAGAAUUGUGUGGUCUGAUGGACACAAAUAAUAUACGUAACAAUAUCUAUAAAUUGAUGAUGAAAUAUAAAUAUUAUUUGCAUUACAUACUAAAAGGCCCUUCCUCGUAUCCUGAAUUUUUUUUAUAGAAAGUCAACAUACCCAGUUACUGUAAUUUAAAAAUAGAUUUUAAACAGCAUUUGAGAAUGCAUGUUCGUGUAGCUUAUGUAUUAAUAACAAUGGCAACUGGAUGGCUUAUAUAAACAUUAUAAAUCUAUCAAUAUAUCUAAAGUGAAAGAAAUUAUAUGUUUAUUAUGACAUAAGUCGAAACUUUGGUUUCAAGUAUGUCUUUUGAUACUAAGAUUGAUAAUGUUCCUUUUGAUCACCUUUUGGUCAUUUCUUUAGCAUUUACUUAUGUCUCUAUUGGCUGAGUUGUUUAUAAAUAUUAUGAAAAAGAAGACAUAUCACCCAGGUAAUAUGCUGCAGAUUUUGUAUGAAUUGGAUACUUCUGUAAGGCACAGAGCGCCUUUUAAGUACCGUCUUUAGGACACACAGACAACGUUGUUCUUCAACAGAAUUGCGGUUCACACAUCCCUUUACGCGUCAAAGCUUAUGCGGAUGUGGCGCUACAGGGUUGCACAUGUGAGUUCCUAGGGAUAUGGGUACCAGCCUUUUUGUUUUAUUAUUUAGUUCAAACACAUUGUGACUACAUAGCUUCGUAGAUUAAAUGUUUUUUUAUUUUCUCUCAAAAAAUGUCAUUAGGCCCUCUUCACUUGAAUACCUCAGUUGAUUGCAUGCAAUUUCGUUUAUGGUGCCAUGAUUUUUUUAUUUUAUUUUUUUAUUUUAAGCUUGAAUUUUUAAUCAUUUUUGCACUGUACCUACAAUACCUCUUUAUUUGACCUUUGAAAUCUGUCAGUCGGGUUGAUUGGCCUGUUUUAGCAGCCGUCAAGCUGUAGAGGUUUAGCUUCGUUGUUGUCAUAGUUUUUUUCCCUCUCCCCUCUUUUGAUUUAAUGCUUGAAGAUUUGGUUGGGUUAAACCAGAGGGUAUUCACAUUCUGCACAUACAUAGGCCUAAAGUAACGUGUUUAGUCUCUGUUGAGCAUCAAUCAUCUUUAAAUGAAAAAUAAAUGAAUCAGCAAUGAUCCGAGGAGGGUUCCAUCUGUACUGUAGCUUGUUGAGGUAAGCCGAUUGCACUCUAAAUCUCUCUCUCUCACCUUGUGUGGCCAGCCCAGUCUUACUGUAGGUUGAAAACUCUUAAGAUUCUAGAUUUCCAGAUCCUAAGAUUCUAGAUUCUAAGAUCAUUUCUCACUCUACUCUCAACUCACUUGAAAAUGGCAUUCCUCACAGCUGUUUCAUUCCUUAAACUGUACACCCGUGUUGUCCUAAAUCAGUGGGUGUGCAAGAAAUGUAAUUAAGCUCUUUCAAAUGAUUAACUUAGUAGUGCCCAAAGUGAAUGAAUGAAUUAGGAGGUUUGUGGUGCAUUUUAUGGUGUUAUAUUUCAUAUAUAUAUCAUGUAUGCUUCCGACGCUUUCCGUUAGUAUUGCAACUUGGGCAAAUGUAUGGCUAAGUCAUAAAAUCCUACCGUAGGUAUACUACCUCAGAAGACACUGCACUCUGAUCAUUGCCAGUCACAAUGUCUUGUUUAAAUAUAUAUAUAUCAAAACAAAUGAACUGUUUUUCCUGGACACAACUGCAAUUUGACAAAUAUCUAUUGCAGUGACAUAUAUACUGUAGUCUUUUUACUGUGAUAUCCGUACCUUGAAAAAUGUAAUCUAUCUAUAUACAUAUAGACAUGUAUAAACUCAUGUAAUUCUUUGCAAAGAGGCAACAAUCCCACAGUUCCUUGUAUCUAUUUGAUGAUGAUGUAUAUUUUUGACAGCCGAAUAACGCAAACUGAAACAGUGCCUUUCGACUUCCUGACUAAUCAAGUGAAUUCUGCAACUCUUGUCUCUCGAAGGCAACCUUGCCUACAGUAGCUGCAACGAGCCUAGUACUGUUUGUUCAUAGUGGGUAUGUGUGUAUGCAUGCAAUACUAUUACUUAACCUGGUGCCAUACAAUGGAAUUUGGUUUCUGAACUUUGGAAUACCCAUGUAAAUAUGCUGAAUUUAUACAUUAUUGAUAACAGCAUUCAAAAGUUGUGUGUAUGUGACUAGAAGGAAGGUUUAACUAAACGACAGUGGUGUAUAUUAUAUUAAAACAUUAUUAUAUAUAUUAAUAUUCUGACAGUUUGUUUUAUAACAUAUAAUUUGACAUCAGAUUCCAUCGUAUAGAGUGCAAUCUGGAUUUACGCUCUCAAGCAGCAGUUGUGUGACCCCGUUAAGCAUUUGUUAAGUAGUGAAAUUUGGUCUAAAGUGUACAUUGUUCAUCAUAAUAAGCAUCAAGCAUCGGACUGGAGAUUGGAGCUUCAGGCACUACCAGGCACACUGUCUCUCUCCAACACUCAGCCAGUCUAAAGAACUGCAGCUAAUGUAACAUUCAUCUAUAUAUGUUUUGGUUUGUUCUGUUAAGUGUUCCCGGAAUUUCAAUGCGUGCCUGCACACACACAAAUGUUAUAUUUGGGGCGAUGACUUUAAAAUAAUAUGAAAUCA